CUCUCACUUGAGAGGAGCAGCUCUGUGAUUUGAGCAGCGGAGCGGACAGGGGCGUGUUCUCCGCAGGAAUGCGGCGCUGGGCUCGGAGGCUCAGGUGGAGGAGCGCCGAGAGACGCGUCCCGACUCCGAGCAGCCCGGUGCCACAGAGCGGGGCUGGCAUGAGCCUCCUGUCAUCCUGACCGACUUUCUGGACCUGUUUGGACUGUGAGGGCGACACACAGGGCAUCACAUCUACCUGCUAGAGAAGGAUUUUUCUUUUCUCCAUGCUGGACUGUGUUAACAGCUGCGUGAAGCUGCUGUUGUCCCCGCUGGUUUGAAUUGGAAAUCACCUGCCGGGACGCUUUGGCUUAACUGUUUUAGCCUUGGGGACAGAUUGUGAAUUCCUCCACUAGGAAUAAUGUGUAGCCCUCCACACCUGCGCCUCGUUUUUUGAAAUAGAAAGAAAAAACGAAUGUCUUUCUCUUCUUCCAGAAAAUCGUGUUUUUGCACUUGAAUGUGUGCCAGAAGAUGCAUUUUAUUACUUUCCUGACUGGUGUCCCAGAGGACAGAGCCCAUGUGAUGUGUGUUAGGACCAGCCCUGAGAAACAGAGCUGGCUGUAACUUGGAUGGACGUGCUCUACAGCUGAGAGAAAGUUCAAUUUCUGCGCAAAAGAAGAGGAAAAAAAAAAGAAACAUCCCCUUAAAGUAUGGAUGGUGUUGAGUUUGGAUGCGUUCUCUCGGAGCAGCCUGACAUGGGGAUGCGUUCUGCAGCCGAGUGGCAGCUUUUCAGGUCAUGAUACAGGGACAACAUUGCACCUGACACGCUAAUGUAAGAUAUCUGAUCCCUUCUCACAAGGAUCUACUAUGUCCUCACCACUGACGAGGAAGCUGAGGCUCUGCCAGGCCCUGACCUUUGUCUUGCUGCUGGUCUGUCCCGUCUGCCUGUCCUCCCCGCGCAGCUCUUCCUGGGUUUCUGUGUGGGGUCAUACCGGCGGGGGGGCCUCAUCGGGGCGUCCAGCACGUGCCCGACGGCAGCUACACUUCAGAAAUGAAUGGGCGUCCUGGAGCAGCUGGUCUGCCUGCUCCCGUACGUGUGGAGGAGGAGCCUCGGUGCGUUCACGUACCUGCAUGACCAGGAACCCCGUUGGUGGACCAUGCACAGGAGAUCCCAGACAGUACAAGAUUUGCAACACCAAGGAGUGUGGCCCCGGCUCAGAGGAUUUCAGAGAGAUGCAGUGUGCUGCUUUUAACGACAGACCACUGGUGGCUGGAAACUCCUACAGAUGGACCACCUUCCAUGGAGGCUCCAACCCCUGUGAACUGAGCUGCCUGGCCUUGGGUCACAACUUCUACUACAACUUCGGCCGGGUGCUGGAUGGCACAGCCUGCGACAAGGAGCCUGGAGUGAUGUGUGUCAACGGACGCUGCCUGAAGCCUGGCUGUGACCUGAUCCUGGGUUCAAAACAGCAGGAGGAUGCCUGCAUGGUGUGUGGAGGACGAAACACCACGUGCCUACAUCAUAAGAGUGUGUACCAGAGCAACAGUCAGGAGGCAGGCGAGCGCUUUGGAUACAACGAAGUGGCCAUGAUACCAGCUGGAGCCACUCACAUCCGAGUCACCGAUAACAGCAGGAACUAUCUGGCCCUCCAGAACGGUCGCUCCCAGUUUGUGAUCAACGGCAACUGGAAGAUCAGCGUUCCCGGGGAGUACAACGUAGCCGGAACCAAGCUGCUGUACCGGCGCUCAGCAGACACCUGGGAGAGUUUUGAGGUCCCAGGACCCACCCAGGAGGACCUGCACGUCAUGGUGCUGGCGACUGACAGAAACCCCGGGAUUGAGUAUGAGUACUGGCUGCCACCUGACCGCUACGCCCUUUACCAUGGUAGGAGGAGUCCACUGCGCCAGCCUCACCACACAUCAAGCUACUUCCCCUGGGCUCAACCCACCACUGCAACCACCACCACCACCACCACCCGGCCACCCCCAGUCACCACCCGAUCCUACUGGGUUUUCCCUGGAGGCUGGCCUGUGAAGCCCCCUCGCCAACCUUCACACCACCACAACCCUUACCAGCCACCUCACCAGCCAGUCCUGCCCCGCCUGGAGAGAGAGGAGAACCACAGAAACCUCCUGCCUCAGCCCUCACCUGGAAGGCAUUGUGGGAAAUGUCGACGGGUUCGGGGUCGAAGGGAGCGCCAGACCCAGUAUUGUCAGAAGGAUUUUGUUUUUCGGGCCAAAGUGGUCGGGAAGCUGUACAGAGGCGAGGAGACGCGCUAUGAUGUCCAGAUCAUCCACACCUACCGCAACCGCUUCCGCCUGGAGCACCGGGAGUUCCUGUGGGUCCCUAAUGUGUGUGACUGCCCCCAUCUGGAAGAUGGGCGCCAGUAUGUGCUGAUGGUGCGUCGUCACAUUAAUUAUGAGCACACCUUAAACCGCAUACUGCUGGAGGAGGGAAGCUACGUGGUGCCAUACAAACCGAGAGAGGACGCUCUGCUGCGGCCGCUGGAGGAGCUCUGCAGCAACAGGGGACCCAAACAGCCGGCAGAACUGAGGGGAUACGUGUGAAGACGAGCAGGACACCUUCAUCACAACAGGCUGCUGCGUGCGUGUGUGUGUGCGUCUGUGUGAGUGUAUCACAGAGAUGAAACUCAUACUGACACUUUGCUCUCUUAUGGACUUUGUUUGUGUCUGGACCUACAAAAGAUCCUCAGACUCUGCGAGUGACGAGUGUUGCUCCAAAUGACUGAGCAACACGAUCAAUUCCAAAGCAGCGUCACUGCAGAAAAGUGACAGUUGUGAUGUCGGAGGGGCUGUGUUCAAUUUCAUUUGAAUUUCAUCCAUUUGAGUACUUGCUAUGUUAAGAAACCAAAAAGACUCCAACUUUAUUUAAAAGCUUACCAGCUUACCAUAUAGCACUUUAGGUGGACGUGUAUGCCCACCUUUAAACAGAUACCAAAGAGAAGAACGUUGACUGAAAUGGCCUGUGUGUUAUUGCUGUUUUUCCACAAUUAUCUUUUUGGAGGGUUAUUUUUAAUUGAAAUGUUUAUGUGCCUUGUAAAGUUAAAGGAAAAAUACACUCCUAAAGAACCCUUAAAAAGCUUUUGAUGAUUAAUGUGGCAUUUCAUGGUCCAUUUUGUGGUUAGGCUGUGCAUUAUUUCUUAUUCCCACAGAUAACUGGCCGAGCACAGAAAUUUACAGCAGCUACAAUGGGCUUUGAUAGCAGAAAAUAUUUCAACAGUCAUCAAUCAUCAAACAUCAACAUCAGUCGCUGAGAAUCAAAGUGGCUACACCAAAAAGAAAAAAAAAAAGUUGUAACAGUUCAUGACAACAUACCUCCUGGAACGCCACUGAACUUCACAGACGAAUGAGAUCUGACAGCGGAGGAGGGUGGAUUUUUCCUUUAACUUUCACCUUGUUUUCAUACUCAAGCUAUAGCAACAAUGUAUUGUGCCGUAAUGUAUUUAUGUAUACAUAUAUAUCUAUAUAUAUAGAUAUAUAUACAGUUAAAGGUAUAAAAAGCUUAAAACAUAACACACUUACAUGUGUUCCACUUGUUUAACGUCUUUCCCAGUGUGUACUGUGCAUUGCUCACUUGUGCUAUUCAUUUUUAUAGUGUGUGAAAUCAGGUCUGCUUUAUGGUAUUUUACAUGAACAUACUUUUUUGUAAGAAGAGAUUAUGAAAUUUACAGUAUUUUAUAAUGGUGUGGCACUGAUUAGCUACGAAUAUAAGAAGCAGUUAAUUUGACUUGUUUGUACAAAAAAAACCCAUUGUAGUGUGCUACGUAGUCAGUUAACUACUGUGCUUUGUGUUUUGUAUUUGAAAUAUGCAAUUUGCUCUCACAAACCUCAUGUAAUUGUGCCAAAAGAAUUCCUUUGUAUCUUAGGUGGGUGGUAAUGACUUCCACCCCUCUGCAGUGUAGGGCUGUAGAGGUUCACAGGCAACAUAAGCAAUUGAAUUUGGAAUUAAAUAUGAUUCACCAUC